CGGAAGUUGCUGCGGAGUCUCUUCCGGCCGUCUGAACGUGGCCUGAGCCGCAGUAGGAACCGCCGCCGCCGCCGCGAUGGUGAAGCCGGGAUUCAAAGGCCGCGCCAGCAUCAACCCCUCGCGGGCCAGCACCAACCCCGAUCGGCCAAAUGGCGCUGGAGGCCACAACAUGCGGGACCGGGCAACCAUCCGGCGCCUCAACAUGUACAGGCAGAAGGAACGCAGGAACAAUCGUGGGAAAGUGAUCCGGCCACUGCAGUUCCAGUCCACGGUGGCACCUGGCACGGUGGCAAGAGUGGAGCCCAACAUCAAAUGGUUUGGAAACACGAGGGUGAUCAAGCAGUCGUCCCUCCAGAAGUUCCAAGAGGAGAUGGAGACGGUGAUGAAGGACCCCUACAGAGUUGUCAUGAAGCAAAGCAAGCUGCCACUCUCUCUCCUCCAUGACCGAAUUAAGCCUCAUAAUUCCAAAGUCCACAUUCUCGACACAGAAACGUUUGAAACUACAUUUGGCCCCAAAGCACAAAGGAAGCGGCCCAACCUCUCGGCGAGUGAUGUGCAGUCCCUGGUGGAAAAUGCCACAGCUGGAGCCAGCAGCUAUGACCAAGAAAAGGACAGGGAUCGGGUGACAGAAGAUACUGGAGUGAGGGAGGAGGCACGAGAGGAGAUCUACAAGAAGGGGCAGUCCAAGCGCAUCUGGGGAGAACUGUACAAGGUCAUUGAUUCAUCAGAUGUCGUUGUGCAAGUGCUAGAUGCCAGAGACCCCUUGGGAACCCGCUCCCCGCACGUGGAGACUUACCUGAAGAAGGAGAAGCCCUGGAAGCACCUAAUUUUUGUCUUGAACAAGUGUGACCUUGUGCCCACAUGGGCCACGAAACGCUGGGUGGCUAUUCUCUCCCAGGAGUACCCAACUUUGGCCUUUCACGCCAGCCUCACAAACCCCUUCGGAAAAGGGGCCUUCAUUCAGCUCUUGAGACAAUUCGGAAAGCUGCAUGUGGACAAGAAGCAGAUCAGUGUGGGCUUCAUUGGCUACCCCAAUGUGGGAAAGAGCUCUGUGAUCAACACACUCCGUUCCAAGAAGGUCUGCAAUGUGGCUCCCAUUGCUGGCGAGACCAAGGUGUGGCAGUACAUCACCUUGAUGCGCCGCAUCUUCCUCAUUGACUGCCCAGGUGUGGUGUACCCCUCCGGUGACACAGAGACGGACAUUGUGCUGAAGGGAGUGGUUCAAGUGGAAAAAAUCAAGUGCCCGGAAGACCACAUCGCUGCCGUGCUAGAAAGGGCCAAGCCGGAAUACGUCAGCAAGACGUACAAAGUGGACUUCUGGGAGAAUGCAGAGGACUUUCUCGAGAAGCUGGCCUUUCAGAUGGGGAAGCUGCUCAAGGGAGGAGAGCCUGAUGUGAGCACAGUGAGCAAAAUGGUGCUGAAUGACUGGCAGAGAGGCCGCAUUCCUUUCUUCGUGAAGCCCCCAAAUAUGGAGCAGGGCCCCCAGCCUGCAGGUGUUGCAUUGGAAGUGCCCGCAGCUGCCAGUCUGAGUGAGAGCCCUGGUGAGAGCCUUGUUGCGACAGAGACAGUUGCAGCAGAGCCCAGGGGUGAGGAGGGCCCCACGCAGACAACGAAAUGGCCCUUGUCCCAUGUGCGGCAGAACUUUGGGAAGCUCCAUGUGGCCCCUCAGUUCUUGAAGGAGGACCUGAUCCCCGUGGAUGUGCUUGAUGUUGAUGGGACAGACAGUGAUCCAGAGGAGGAGGUGGAGGAGGAAGAUGGGGAGGAGGAAGGGCAUUUCCAGCUUGGCAAGACAGAUGACAGGCCCUCCAGCAAGGGAAGCGCCAGGCAGGACCCAAAGGCAGUGCUGAAGUCCUUGGAUGAGAAGAUUGCAAAGUACAAGAAAUUCUUGGACAAUGCCAAGGCCAAGAGGUUCUCUGCAAUAAGAAUCCCCAAAGGACUGAGUGAAAAAGUCUUUGCAAAAUCACAGUUGGACUCGGGUGCAGUUGCAAGUGAUGAAGCUGCAGGGAGCCAGAGGAAAGCUGAGAAAAGAGGACCGCAAGAGGACGGUGAACAGGACCAGGGUGCCUGUCCGGUGAAGGUUUGCAAGAAACAGAGUUCCAAAGAGAGGAGAAGAGCAGAGCGGCAGCAGCACUCAAAGAAAGUCGGCGUCCGAUACUAUGACACACAUAAUGUCAAAAACAAAAACAGGAACAAGAAGAAACCCAACCCAGCAGGGCAGAAAUCAAAAACUAAGAGAAAUAAACACAAGUAAUAGUUUUCUGAUCUA